AUUUAAGAACCCUAGAUUCGGCCUAGUCUCAUCGAUUACAUCGGCUUCAACCGGAUCUUUUGAGCUGGGUUCUCUUCAGACAUACGAUCCGGUCUUCUGAACUGGGUUUGUGUUGGAUCGGUCUUUUGGAAACCAGAUCGAGAAUAUGAAAAAAGGGAAAUCUGCGAAGUUGAAGCAUCAAAACCAUGAACAGCUGCAUUACCAAAGCAAUCACCUGGGUGCUUCCAAAUUCGCCAAAUUGUUUGAUCCAGAAGCUUCCUGGGAUAAGGAUCAACUAGGAGAUGUAUUGCAUUGGAUCCGGCAAGUGGUGGGACUUGUAUGCGGGUUGCUAUGGGGUGCGAUGCCUCUGGUCGGAGGCUUAUGGAUUCUGCUAUUUCUGGCAGUGUCAUCGGGCAUAGUGUACAGUUACUACACGUUGAUACUAAAGAUCGACGAAGAAGACUUUGGCGGCCACGCAGCUCUUCUGCAGGAGGGUCUUUUUGCUUCUCUAAGUCUAUUCCUGCUCGCGUGGAUUUUGGUAUAUAGCUUGAGCAGCUUCUGAUUGGCUCUGAACUCUGCAGAAGGUCUCUUUCAUGGCAUCUCCGGUUCAGAUCAUUCUUUACAUUGUUUUCCCCAUGCCCAGUUUGUUUGUUUUUUUUUUAAGAAGAGGACUCUGAUUUUCUGGUGUCGGUUGUUUUUGUUUAUGCGCAAUAAACCCCGAGUGGAAAUGAAAGGAUGAGAUUACUGAAUGUAUAAAGUGCCCGAGGUUCAGAAGUUGUAUUUGCAAUGGUAUUUUCCAUUA